AGCUCUCCGUAUCCAAUGCUGAUGUUCCGAGGAUUGUUGUAGAAAAUUGCUUCCACUCGGCGUGUAAACACUGUGUAACCGGCGCACAACGGUCUAGAACGAAGUCUGCAAGACGGCCGGCGUCAGGAACAGCUUGCUGCACGCUCCACCCCUCCUUGAAUCUGCCCUUCGGUCAAACUUUGACAACACAUUCGACCUCGACCAUCACGUUCGGAAAUGGAUUCCAGGACCGCGCAGACAUCAAAGGCUGAUGUCGGACUACUUCUCGCAAAGGGAAAGCUCGUUGGCUGUCUGACCACCGGCCAAUCCAAGAGGUCUACUCUUGACUCGUCAGACAUUAACAACUUUCACAACCUCUUACAAAUCGCCAUUCGAGACACUACCCGCUCCACCAAAGAGUUCAAAAAAUGCGUUGCCUGGAUUGUGUGCCAUGUAGCAAAGUCUCGGCGUAGGGUUGCUGCUUUUGGAGACUACCUACUUAAGCUCUCGGAUUCUCUGCUAUCAGCGACAUCUCAAGCCAGCCCCGACCAGUUGCCUCUGCUUCAAGCUCAGGUCGGCCUCGAUCUACUUCGCUUGCUAGACGCCAUCUUCCUUCGCAUUCGCGAGAAUCCAGGCCGACUACUCCGAAAGCCGCUCGAGACCUACGCGAUAUUUGCAAAGACUAUCGGGAUGAAUGUCGCCCAGCUUGUUGAGAUGGCUGCCCCUUCUCAUGGUGUCCAGGCCCUUCGUCUCCACCAAGAUCUGGCUUGCCUGCUGCAGAGCUGGACUCAGGAGCGGUUGUUCACCAAUCGCAUACGUCUCGGUCUCCGCAAUAUUGCGCGCAAGGCCUACAUCGACUGGCUGGACUGGCUGAGGCGGAAUCACCAGUCAUAUCACUACAAACUGAUGACCAGAAUUCAAUCCGAAGAUGUUCAAAACACGUUUCCUGAUACCCAUGGACUGGCUGAGGAUGCGUGGUUCGAUCUUCCCGUUGGAACCAUGGUACAAGCAAUGAAAGCGACAAAGCCUGGCCAUCCCGUAAAAGUUGGACGCAUCAAACCACUUGACAUGCCAAACGGAUCAGUCGAUCCCGACAUGAUGGAAUCGGUGCUCGAGCACAUUGAAGAGUGCAAAGACAUCAACGCAAUACCCAAUGUGCCUACGACAGACGACGGGAAUGAAUUCAUCCUCAAUGGCCUUGGCCUUCGAUUAACGAGAGAUCCUAUGAACCGUGACGAUAGACCGAAACUCAAAGUAGUCGAGGGCUAUUAUGGGUUCAGCGUACCUUUCAUGAAGAUCUUCCAGAACAUAGAGAAGAACUCGCCUACUGGACCGGAGCGCCCACAAAACUGGAUGCCCCCGCCACCACCGGAGUUCGUUCAGCCUCCACCCUUCCAUAACAGCUUCUUACCUAACGCGCCUCCGCCACCGCCGAGUAGAGACACACUGCAGAUGGGCGGAGGUAGCUAUAGACAGGGCGAGUACGGACGCGGCAGCGGUGCAGGUUGGCGAGGUGAACAAACGCGUGGUGGAGGUGGAGGGGCAAAUUGGCGCGGAAGAGGCCGGGGUUGGGGAGGAGGUGGUGCAAAUGGGUACCGACCAUAUUAAGCAGACGAACCGGUCAUGCGCUGGAUCGAGAGCGACAGAUCGUUUGCAAUCACUUUGCUUGUUUGGGGUCACUAUAAGCAUCGAGCAAGAUCGUUUGGGGUCCUAGCAACGGCAGAACACCCGGCUUGUAAUACUAUCAUCAUGCACGAUCAACGGCAUUGCAAGUACAGCAAGUAGAUCAAGAUACGCGCAUAGAUUGUGUUCAUCACAAACACUUCUCUUAUCUAGUCGACCACUCAGCCAAACAGCUCGAUUGCAAUCUGAAAAAUGAAGAACAUAUG